AUGGUCGCUCCCAAGGGAGGCAGUGAGAUGGGAAAACGGAACCCGACUGUCCUUGUCACCGAUUCGCGCGACCUCCAACGCAACCGCCGCAACCCGCAUGCCCUGCCCAACCCCGCCGCGCGCUUCAUCACCGUCGACAACGUCCUGCAGUACGCGUCCGACAUGCCGUCCAUGCAGCAGCGCCACCCGCCGCCCGGUCGCGCCCGCCCGCGCGCCACGAGAAUCAGCGCCGUUGCUGCGGCCGCGGCCGCGGCGGCAGGCGGCGGCGGCGGUGGUGCCAGCAGCACAGCUGUAAUCACUAGCGGUGGUAGUGGUGGCGGUGUUGGUGCUGGAGUCGGUGGGAGAGCCGGGGAUGCUGGUAGGCCGCGGUCGGCGGGGCGGCUGGCGGCGCUGCCGCAUCUCCCGCCGCGCUCGACGAAGAUUAGUGAGAAGUUGGUGCUGUUGCCGGAGACGGUGAUAGAGGAGGGGACUGAAGACGGAGGGGAGGAAGAAGAAGAAGAAGAGGAGGAGGAGGGGGGGGUGGUGGGGGAUGAGGGGGGGGUGUUUCCGGCGCCGGCGGGCGCGGCUGCGACUCGACAAGGGGAACUGAUUGGCGGCGUGGCCACGGGCGAGACGGCGGAGGAGAAGUUCCGGCGGGUGAGCGCGGAGCGCAAGCUGCGCAGCUGGGACUUCGCGGUGGAUAACGAGCUGGCGCCGCUGCUGGCGGAGGAGGAGGCGCAGCGGCGGCGGCGGGUGGCACCCGAGCAGGCGAAGAGCUAUGCGGAGCGGCUGCCCAAGGCGCGGCGGGCGGAGAAGCUGCCGCGCGUGACGGCGUACUGCACGGCGCAGGGCUACAAGAUGAGCCUGACGGCGGCGUUCGUCAAGGCGUCGCACGACGCGCGCACCAAGCUCUACGACGACUGCCUGUACACGGCCUACCACCUGCCGCUGCUGCCGGGCCGCGAGGGCUAUCGCAUCCGCAGCAGCCCCAUCAUCCGCAGCGCCGAGGGUAAGGUGGUGCUGGACGAGGAGAUUGCGCGGAACGAGCAGAGGGACUACCAUGACGAGUACUAUGCGGAGCAGGACGAGCAUUCGGUGCAAGACCACCACCACCACCACCAUCACGACCACGGCCAUCAUGACGCAGCGGCAGGAAAAGAGAGCCAGAAGCGCGAGGGCGAGACAUAUGGCCAUCACCACGACCGCCCGUCUGGCCGAGAGCAGCUGUACGAUUUCGACAAACGCGAGCGGGCGGACGACGGCGGGGGCCACGGGCGCGCGCGGGCGGCCAGCAUCCCGCCCAACGCGCUGUCGUUCGCGGAGAUGUUCGUGUUCAGCUACGGGGUGGUGGUGUUCUGGAACUUCAGCGAGCGGCAGGAGAUCGACGUGCUGGCGGACCUGGCGUUCGCGUGCAGCCAGGACGGGCUGCCGAUGCCGCUGUCGACCAACGGGCUGGCGGAGGCGGACUUCGAGACGGAGGAGUUCCACUUCGAGUACUCGACGCGCAUCUCGCGGCCGCGCGUGUACAACGACAUGAUCACGCUGCGCAGCGGCGACCACAUGAUCAAGCUCGCCAUCAGCCACGGCAUCGCGCAGAGCACCAAGCUCAGCUUCUUCGAGGAGGUCAUGGCCAAGCAGAUGGCCGAGGCCAAGGACGUGCCGCGCCGCCUGGCGCUGACGGGCCACCUGGGCAUGCAGCGCGAGGAGGUCUUUCGCAUCAUGGGGAAGCUGUUCAAGAGCCGCGUGGAGGUGAAUCUCUGUGCGUCGUCCGAGAUCCUAUCUAUCAUGACUACUGCUGACUACGAUCUAGCGUCGAACAUGCUCGACGUGCCCAACUUCUUCUGGGACAGCGAGCCGACGCUGCACCCGCUGUACACGGCGGUGCGCGAGUACCUGGAGAUCAAGCCGCGCAUCCAGGUGCUGAACGAGCGCUGCCGCGUCUUCCUCGACCUGAUCGAGAUCCUGUCCGACUCCAUUGCCGACAACAAGAUGUCGCGCCAGACGUGGAUCAUCAUCGUCCUGAUCUUCAUCUCCAUCAUCGUCACGCUGGCCGAGGUCAUUCUGCGCUUUGGCAUUCUGUCGACGCGGCUGCCGGCGGGCGCGGCAAAGCCGUCUCGGCUCGUGGCUCCCGCCCGUGGUCAGAGCAUGACCGGCGGCUCGCUCUGA